GCAACUUCUUCCAGAGCAAGCUUUCAGGUUUGGGACUAGCUCAGUGGAAGCACCGCUGCUCCUCCACGAGCAUAGGAUAUGCUUCAGUGCCAGUGGUUUCAGAGAAACGGCAGACAGCACGAACGGUUACCUGGAGGAUGGUGUGUGCGUUAAGCACACGGCUUAAACGCCAUGUGAUUGUAAUGUAUGCAAACGAUGCCUCAAACGUGUCAGAGGCAGAGGAGAGGGAUUCAGAGCUGCACCACAAGUGGAGAGUAGGAGCAGCGAGCAGGCUGUAGGAGAGGGCAGCAGCUCAGCCGGGACUGCAGACAGAGAGAAUCCCGUGAAAAGACGGCACGAAGGUGGGUGGCAAACGGAGAAACCGAACAAUGAGGGGGACGGAUGAGCUACGCUGCACAGGCGGCGGCAGGUCGGGAAGUGAGCGGCCGAAAGCCGGCGCCCGGGGAGCCAGCGGCUGAACGGCAGUUAACCACAGGGAGCAGGGUCCUGCCAGGGAAGAAGAUCUGGGGGCAAGUUCCGAGAGAGCUGCUUCUUCAAACGGCGAGAAGCAGGGAGAAUAGAAGGAACGCUUAUGCUGGUACGUUAGUACUAACUGCUCGUACUGCCGGUGAGUCAGUACGGGAUCAGUGCGUGGCCGUUCCGGCGAGUGAAUCAGCAUUCGGCGGCACGACCCUGCGGAAGCGCCUCUGUAGCUCCUUCCCUGCCUUGCACUUGUACGUUUCAAUGGGUGCGAAGCCUACGGCACAGUGAAGAACUACUCUGCGUUGCCGCUGCUGGCGGCAGCGCUGCCGAGCCCCCGCGCACCGGCCCAACGCGCUGCCUGCCACCGCCGCACAGACAGCGCCCCGCCCCAGAGGCGGCAGAGCGGGGAAGGGGAGCCUCCCCGGUUCCCACCGCCCCCGCGCCCGGGCGGUGCAGCGAGAAGGGCGGCAGCGCCCUGCGGCGAACACGACGCCGGCGGCCUGCUGGGGCUGCCCCGCCCCAACGGCUGGCGAGGGGCGGCACCUCCGUGCGCCUGAGCUCAGCGCGUCGCGGGCACCGGCCGCCCUCCGCAGGCAGACCCGGCCCCACGCCGCCGGGCUUGGCCCGCCCCGGCCGCGGCGGCGCCUCCCCGUCCGUUCCUCACACACACGCACACAGAGACGCUUCCUGCGUGAGACCGGGCCCGGGUUGCUGGGACGGUGCCGUUUCCUCUUGCCGACUUGCAGCACAUCCUCUGGGAUUGUGGUUCCAAAAGUGUGAGCAGACACUUGGAGGACCUGAAACAGAAAGGGGAGGGAUCGUACCCAGAGCAGGCAAGCUGUCUAGUUUCAACCACUCGCUGGUUGUUUCCCACACAAACUCCUUCCUGUUCCAUCGAAAAGCCACAGACGUCACUGAAGCUGCUGGCAGGGAAAUGUGGGCAGGGAUCUCCUCUGGAGGCUUUGCUGGAAGCAGACAGGUCUGUCCUGUCUGCACAAACACUACCAAGCUGGAUUCCACAGUACACCUGAGGCCUCUGACUCUGCCGUGAUCCUGAGCCAUGCUUAGGGCUGCCUAUGAAAUCUGACCCGUUUCUAGUGAGUGGCCUCGCCAUGAGUUUGCACCGGCAGAUGGGCUCUGACCGGGACCUGCAGUCGUCAGCCUCCUCGGUGAGCUUGCCCUCGGUGAAGAAGGCCCCCAAGAAGAGAAGAAUUUCCCUGGGCUCUCUCUUCCGCAGGAAAAAGGACACUAAGCGCAAGUCGAGGGAGCUGAAUGGGGGUGUGGAUGGCAUUGCAAGCAUUGAGAGCAUCCACUCAGAGAUGUGCACGGACAAGAACUCCAUCUUCUCCACCUGCACCUCCUCCGACAACGGCACCGUCUCCAGCAGCAAGCCCAGCGGAGACUUCCUGGAGUGCCCUCUGUGCCUCCUGCGGCACGCCAAGGACAGGUUCCCCGAGAUCAUGACCUGCCACCACCGCUCCUGCGUGGACUGCCUGCGCCAGUACCUGCGUAUAGAGAUCUCAGAGAGCAGGGUGAACAUCAGCUGCCCGGAGUGCUCGGAGCGCUUCAACCCACACGACAUCCGCCUCAUCCUCAGCGACGACGUCCUGAUGGAGAAGUACGAGGAGUUCAUGCUGCGGCGCUGGCUGGUGGCCGACCCCGACUGCCGCUGGUGCCCCGCGCCAGACUGCGGGUAUGCUGUGAUUGCUUUUGGAUGUGCCAGCUGCCCCAAGCUUACGUGUGGACGAGAGGGCUGUGGAACUGAGUUCUGCUACCACUGUAAGCAGAUUUGGCAUCCAAACCAGACCUGCGAUGCUGCUCGCCAGGAGAGAGCUCAGAGUCUGCACCUGAGAACAAUUCGUUCUUCAUCCAUUAGCUACAGCCAGGAGUCUGGAGCAGCAGCUGAUGACAUCAAGCCGUGCCCACGCUGUGCUGCUUACAUCAUAAAAAUGAAUGAUGGAAGCUGCAAUCAUAUGACCUGUGCUGUCUGUGGCUGUGAAUUCUGCUGGCUGUGUAUGAAAGAGAUCUCAGAUUUACAUUAUUUAAGCCCAUCAGGUUGCACAUUUUGGGGAAAGAAACCCUGGAGCCGUAAGAAGAAAAUCCUCUGGCAACUAGGGACGCUUGUUGGAGCUCCUGUAGGAAUUGCCUUAAUAGCUGGCAUUGCUAUUCCUGCUAUGAUCAUUGGAAUUCCAGUCUACGUGGGACGCAAGAUCCACAACCGCUACGAAGGCAAAGACAUCUCCAAGCACAAGCGGAACCUGGCCAUAGCAGGCGGCGUCACCUUGUCUGUCAUUGUCUCCCCAGUCGUGGCUGCAGUAACUGUAGGCAUCGGCGUUCCCAUCAUGCUGGCCUACGUCUACGGCGUGGUGCCCAUCUCCCUGUGCCGCAGUGGGGGCUGCGGGGUCUCGGCGGGCAACGGCAAAGGCGUCAGGAUAGAGUUUGAUGAAAACGACAUCAACGUUGGAGGAACAAAUGCAGCUGUAGAUACCACUUCAGUCGCGGAGGCACGGCACAACCCUAGCAUAGGGGAGGGAAGUGUUGGAGGACUGACUGGCAGCUUGAGUGCAAGUGGCAGCCACAUGGACAGGAUCGGAGCCAUUCGGGACAACCUCAGCGAGACUGCCAGCACCAUGGCCCUGGCUGGGGCCAGCAUCACAGGGAGCCUCUCGGGGAGUGCAAUGGUUAACUGCUUCAACAGGCUGGAAGUCCAAGCAGAUGUGCAGAAGGAACGCUACAGUCUGAGUGGAGAAUCUGGCACAGUUAGUUUGGGAACAGUUAGUGACAAUGCCAGUACCAAAGCAAUGGCAGGAUCCAUUCUGAACUCCUACAUCCCUCUGGACAGGGAAGGCAACAGCAUGGAAGUGCAGGUGGACAUCGAGUCGAAGCCAGCCAAGUUCCGACACCACAGCGGCAGCAGCAGUGUGGAGGACGGCAGCGCUGCGGGCCGCGGCAGCGCCGGCUCCGGCUUGCCAGAGGGUAAGUCCAGCGCCACCAAGUGGUCCAAAGAAACAACAGCAGGGAAGAAAUGCAAAGGGAAGCUGCGGAAGAAGAGCAGCAUGAAGAUCAACGAGACCCGAGAGGACAUGGACGCCCAGCUGCUGGAGCAGCAAAGCACCAACUCCAGUGAGUUUGACUCCCCCUCUCUCAGUGACAGCAUUCCCUCGGUAGCAGACUCUCACUCGAGUCACUUCUCGGAGUUCAGCUGCUCGGAUAUGGAGAGCAUGAAAACCUCCUGCAGCCAUGGCUCCAGCGACUACCACGCGCGCUUUGCUGCAGUCAGCGCACUCCCGGAGGUGGAAAACGACCGCUUGGAGAACUCUCCACAGCCAAGUGGAGGGCCUGUGCCUGUCCCCACAGCCCCAAGUGCUGACGCUCCACAGCUGAGUUACAUUGCUGAGGAGAGUGUUCAUCUUGCAUCUUCCACAGAUGCAGGUUUAGGUGCUGGGGAAACACUGAAAGAAACAAACAACAACCAUUCACAACACCCUGUGGAACUGAGCAUUGCUGUUCAGACUGAAAUCUAAGCCUGUAAGUGCUGCAGAAAAGUAUUUACCACUAAAGAGCCCUGUCUGAGAGCUGGCUGAAGGACGUGUGGCUUCCCUAAGCUUAUGUGACCAGCAGAAGCAAGGGUUUGAUACAACUGCAUUUUAUAUCUACUUGUCUGGUAAGACAAAACACCUCAUGUGGAUCUGACCUGCGUGCAGAGACAGGAAGGCUUUAACCAAGUGCAUUACAGCAGUGCAGAUACGUCUUUGUUUUGUACUUUUGCCACAACUUUGCUUGAAAGCAUCUCCUUGGUGUAUUUAGAGAAACUGGCAAAUUCUUCAUAUGUUAAAUGCUGAAAAGGUUAAAAUGUCCUGCACUGUUCCUUUGGAGAAGAGGGGGUUGGGAUAAGUGGAUGUUAGCUGAGCAUUAGUGACUUCAAACCAUUCAUGUGUGAACUCACAUUUAAGGGAAGCAAAAGUUUUGCCGAGACCUAUACAAAGAGAUUGCAACAGUGAGUACUGGUAGUUGGUGAUGUUUGAUAUCUGGACACGCUCGAGUGCAUGUGGAAUGAGCUGUGGUGCUUCAGAUGGCUGUAGCCUGUCAGAAGCCUCUGUGUGUAUGCACACUGAGCAGGGUUAUGACAUUUUGCAUCAUCUUGAAAGAGAUUGGUUCUUAGUGCAACAGGGUGGAGUGGAGGAGUCACCUGUGACUUAUUCGUGCGACCAGCCGUGCAGCAGAUAAGGCCACUCUGGGUUGUGAGACCUGUGCAUGGGUAGCAUUGCAAAAAGGCAGCUGCAGUCACCUUCCAUUAGGGCGUCAGGAGGGUGCCCCAUCAAUUCUUGGUGCCUUUGCAGAGACUGGGUUUGAAGUGCCUGGUCACUUGAGGAUGUUCCUGUAAUGCUUCCAGAAGGUCCUCUUUGGCCACCUCGGAUCACAGAGGAGAGUUCUAGGGAAUCAAAUGACUGUGGUAGAUAAAUGUGUUCGUAUUAGCCUACCAAAGACUCACUCAGGCACUGGAGGAUGUGACAUCUCUGCCAGACAUGCACAGCGUCAGGCCCAGAAUCGGAGGCAGUGCAAUGACUGCCCGAGUGCAAAGAUGGGUUCCAAGUGUGCUGAGUUUUAGUUUUCCUUGUGCUCAGCUGUACAGAUUCCAUAUGCAAAAGCUGAGCACAGCAGCAGCUGGCCAAAGCCCCUGCACUGUUAACAUUUUUUUUUGCUAUGUAAUUCACUAAAGUGGAAAACAAAAAGCAACCCCUGGUGACUAUCAGCAUAGCAGGUAGCAGUGUUCUGUCUCGUGUUUCAUGUAUUGCCAUUAUGGUGCUACUGGGAGUUGGGUUGGAUGAGAAGAAAAGGCCAUGAGCUGCAGUGCUGCCCCACGACUCCUCACCAGUUUCAGUGGUGUGCUGACAACACUAGUGCCAGUUCUGUUCUCGGGGCAUGCUGGGGGCAGUGUUUGUAAUUUGCUCCACACCCUGCCUGUAAACUGCAUAUCUGAAAUAAAUGUCCAAGUACUGA